AUGAAGAACGCUCUCAAGAAAGUUCGAGUACGUUAUCCAGUAAAGAGGCCCGAUGUGAAGAGAGAAGCCAAGAAGCCCAGCGAGGAGUCUGGAAAGAUACGCAUGUUUGCAGCCUCAGUUGCAGAGGAGUUAUGCGGUUAUUCUCCACUUGAGAAGAAAGUUAUUUCGCUUAUUGAGGCAAAGAACAAUAGCAAGGCACAGAGGAUUCUCCGAAAGAGAUUGGGGUCUCACAAGCGUGCAGGAAAGAGGAUGAAGAAGUUGACAAAGAUGCUUCUGGAGGAAUAA